CGUUGCUGGGCGGGUGAGGAGCUUGUGAGAGGGUCUCAUCAGGGCGUCUUGUGGUGAGGGUGUUGUCUUGUGGUGAGGGUCCUGCGAGCCCGGUGGCGGCCCGGAACGCUGCACCCCGGCCCUCCUCGCUCCGAGCAGGACGGUGAGCGAGCCCCGGCUGACCCCCGAGCCUCCAGCCAUGACUUCUCUGCUAGCGAAGGACGCUUACCUGCAGGGCCUGGCCAAGAAGAUCUGCUCCCAGCCCAGCGCCGAGCCUCAGAAGCGCAAGUCGGCUGGCAAAACUCAAGUCUCAGAAGCUGCUGUACCCCCCAGAAAGAAGAGGAAGAAAGCGCAGAAGAAAUCCCGGGAGCGGGAGAAGAAGACUGCAAAGCCCAAGGCCCAGGCCCCUGCGGAGAAGUCUGAGGCCAGGAAGCCAGAGGCAGCCGAGGAGGAGAAGGAGGAGGAGGAAGCCGCCCGCUCCACCAGGGCCCCGGCGGAUGGCCUGGCCACAGAGCCCGACUCGUUAUUCGCCUUGGAUGUUCUGCGGCAGCUCCUGCAUGAGAAGAUUGAGGAGGCGCGGGGCCAGGGUAGCGUCAAGGAGCUGUCUGCCGCCGUUUUGGAGAAAAGACGCCGGAGGAAGCAGGAGCGCGACCGGAAAAAGAGGAAGCGGAGGGAGCUGAGAGCAAAGGAGAAGGCUGCCGCGGCACUGGAGGCGGCAAAGGCCACCGAGCCGGGCCCUCGGGUGCCCGGGGCGGAGACGCAGGCCCAGCUGGGGCUGCUCUUCAACAAGGUGGAGGUGACCGAGGAGGAGCCGGCCAGCAAGGCCCAGCGCCGGAAGGAGAAGAGGCAGAAGCUGAAGGGGAACCUGACGCCCCUGACCGGCAGAAACUACCGGCAGCUGCUGGAGCGCCUGCAGGCACGGCAGGCCCGGCUGGAGGAGCUGCGGGACCGGGACGCGGGGCAGGCCCAGGAGCUCGAGGCCAAGAUGCGCUGGACCAACCUGCUGUACAAGGCCGAGGGCGUGAGGAUCCGCGACAACGAGCGCCUGCUGCAGGAGGCCCUGAAGCGCAAGGAGCGGCGGCGCGCACAGCGCCUGCGUGCCUGGGAAAAGCGCACGGCGCACGUGGUGGGCAAGAUGCAGCAGCGGCAGGACCGGCGGCGGCAGAACCUGCGCAAGAAGAAGGUGGCCAGGGCCGAGCGGCGCCUGGAGAAGGCCCGCAAGAAGGGCCGCAUCCUGCCCCAAGACCUGGAGCGCGCCGGCCUGGCCUGAGGCCCGGGCUGCCCGACCCCAUCCCUUGUGGGGCAGGCUCCGGUGGAAAGCGGACUCUGCCACGUGUCCCUUGCCGGCUUGUCCUGGGCUCAGGCCCCACGUGCAGAAGAGCCUUCAGAUCCGGGGAAGGGGGUGAUCCAGCUCCAGCCGCCUCUUAUUAGGCCAGAGACUCCCUGCAGGUUGUGGGGCAGUGGACCAGGGAGCUGUGAGGAGGGAGUGGGCAUCUAGGGAGGGCUUUGCUGGCCACCUCUUCCUCUCAUUGUCACAGGAGCAGGAAGGGCACGGCCGCUGUGACUGCGGUGUUAGCCCCAGCCUCGUUUGGAAAGGGUGGAAACCAGCUCCUGCAGCAGAGCUGGAGUGGAGUUGAUGGGCUUGAUAGUGGAGAAGGCAGGGCGGCCCCAGGCUGGCUGUAACCGAGUUACACCAAGUUGAUAUGUAAAGUGGGUAAAGAGACUUUAAGGUGAAGAUGGUUAUUAAAAAUUCUAACUACUAAAA